CUUCGGCUCCAAAAACUGCUCAAACAGGCCAGUCGAUUUGCACUGACGUACUCGAACGUGCGCGUCCUCGCUAUUCAGUGACAAAGAUGGCGGCCGCCGCCGGAUCAGUCAUCAAAGUUCCCCGUAACUUCCGGCUACUGGAGGAGCUGGAAGAGGGCCAGAAGGGUGUUGGAGACGGGACAGUGAGCUGGGGACUGGAGGACGACGAGGACAUAAUGCUGACUCGCUGGACAGGCAUGAUCAUAGGGCCUCCCAGGACAAUCUACGAGAACAGGAUGUACAGUCUAAAGGUAGAAUGUGGACCCAGAUAUCCUGAGUCUCCCCCUUUUGUCCGAUUUGUGACCAAGAUCAAUCUGAAUGGCGUGCACAACUCAAACGGUGUGGUGGACACGCGGGCGGUGGCGGCACUGGCUAAGUGGCAGAACUCGUACAGCAUCCGUGUGGUGCUGCAGGAGCUCCGGAGGCUCAUGAUGUGUAAAGAGAACAUGAAGCUCCCCCAGCCGCCCGAAGGCCAGGUCUUCAGCAACUGAGCCCCCUGGCCCUGACAAGCCCUGCUAUCCCUACUCUCCCUCACGAUCUCCAUCAACACACACACACACACACGUAAAUCUACACAUACAGUACAUGCACUCGCACUGAUUCAAUGCUUCCUCACAUCUGCACACUCGCACAACCCCCCCCCCCCCCCACACACACACACACACACACACAGCGUUACGUACCCCUUAUUUUUCUGAGACUCUUGAAUACUCUGUUCUCACAUAAGCUCUCUUUUGCCAGGCCCCUCUCACCUUCUGUCCUAAAUGCCAUGCUCACUUCCUCUCUCUCUCUCUCAUUAGACAGAGAUGGUUGCACAGGGACUCCACCACCCCCAUCAUCUACCCAACUGUGCAGACCAGACAUUACGAUACAAAUUACUGUACAUCUUACAUAUUUUUUUCUUCUUCUUCUUUGUGUUCUACAUCCAGAUUGUAAAAUAACAUAAAUGAUCUUAUUGAGUGUACCUAUCUUAUGUGUGUGCUGGAUUCUUCAACCCAAGGGUGGUGGCAUUUACUCUGUAGUGUGUAGCAGGGGUGGAAAUCAGAAAUCAAGAUGACUUGCUGCGCUGCAAAAGAAAAGUAGAUCCCGUGGCCCCACUGAAAUGUGGACAGUAAAGUUGUAACUGUUCUGCUCUUAAUGUCGCUGCAAGACUAGUUUUUAUGAUUCUGCUUGCUCUGUUGGUCUACGCAGUGGCUUAGGAUACACUGCAUAGUCUUGCCAGAGUCUGUUUCUGAAAUCCAAAAAGCGACAACCCCCCACCCUUAUGUUUUAUUUUUUGAACCACUCUUGGUGAAACGGCAAGGGAGGGAAUUAAAACAUUUAUUGGUGUUUUUCAGGCUAGCAUUGGUCUCAAACUGAGCAACCAGCUUCUCAAUCCCGAUUAUGUGAAUUUCUGGGCCUUGGCACAUGUACGGUACAUGGGAUUAGGCAUUCAACACUGUGUGUGUAUCAACUGGGCACUCUCGGUUCAUCGCCCACUCCUAUUUUAAACCUCUGGCCUCUCUGCCAUGUGGAUUGUUACGCUUUGUGAUUGAAUGGGGAGGAAGUACAUUUUGAGGGGUUAAAUUACAUUGGGUUUCAAAUACUUAUUUUAUGUGCUUGGCACCUUUUUCAGGUUCACAUUACUAGGUGGGGAAUGAUGAGUUAGUUUUUUUGUUUCAUCUUUAGGGCUGACCUGUGUAUGUUCGUUGAGGUUAUCUCAUACAGUGGGCCCACUGAAUGCAAAAUAUGGCUUUAGAUGUUUAUUUUUUAACCGGUGUGAUUCUGUAGUCUGGGUGAUGGUGACCUGUGCAUGGUUUUAUUUUAAUUAAACAUAAUUACUUUUGCA